AUGUUGGGGUCGAUGGUGCUGCUGUGUCUUCUUCUCCUCCUCUUUCUCAUUACGAUUCGCAGGCCUGUCGGCUUCCCGCCCGGACCGCGUCCGCUGCCGUUUAUAGGCAAUAUUCUGCAGCUGAAUGCCACAAACCCUCUAAACGACCUGGAUAGGCUAUCACAGCGCUAUGGCAAGAUCUUCAGCCUCUACUUGGGUUCGAGGCCUGUUGUGGUGUUAACGGGCACAGAGAUUAUCCGUGAAGCACUGGUCACACGCGCCGCUGAGUUUUCUGGACGCCCAGAUAACCUCAUGAUUAGCCACAUAACAAAGGGCAAAGGGGUCAUCCUAGCAGAUGGUCCGAGCUGGAAGGAGCACAGACGGUUCGCUCUGUUUACGCUGAGGAACUUUGGUCUAGGGAAACGCUCCAUGGAAGAACGUAUCCUAGAAGAAGUGUCCCAUAUCAGCGCUGAGCUGGAGUCACAUGAUGGGCGAUCCAUGGACCCUCAGGUGUUGUUCCACCAAGCUGCAUCCAACAUCAUCUGCUCUCUUAUAUUCGGGGAGAGAUUUGAGUGGAAAGACCCCGUCUUCAUCACCUUGAUCAAGGGGAUGCAGGAACUGACCACGCUGGCCAUUGGACCCUGGGCCAUGCUCUAUGAGAUCUGUCCUGCCCUGAGGAACCUGCCCCUCCCCUUCAGAAGAGCCUUCACCAUCUACAACAACGUCAAAGAACACACCCAGAAGGUUGUGUUGGAACACAAGAAGUCCAGGGUUCCGGGCAAGCCCAGAGACCUCACUGACUGCUACUUAGACCAGCUGGAUAAGACAGCGAAUGAAGACUCAACAUUUGAUGAGACACAGAUGAUAAUAUUGCUGCUUGACCUGUUUAUAGCCGGGACAGACACCACUUCCACCACCUUCCGCUGUCUCAUGAUACAGCUCAUGAACAACCAAAACAUACAGGGUGAAUAGACGGCACACACAAACACACACACCGGUCUCCCACCAAAUGUCCCAUUCAAAUGUGCAUCCUCUCCAGAG